AAACAAAUCGGAUGUUUGGUGCUGUCUCAUUCAGCACUAAUAAGAAACAAACAAAUGGCAGGGCAUAAUGUGAGGGAUCCACUGAUGAAUGUAGAAUACCAUGAGAAGUGUCCUGGAUGCCAGGUUGAUCAGCAAAAGGCAGCGCAGCAUGGACAUUUGCCUAUCUCCAGACUUUUUACAGUGUUCAUUGCGGUGCUUACCACAGCUAUGCAAGUAUCAUCUCUCUUUCCUUUCAUUUAUUUCAUGGUACAGGAUUUCAAUAUCGCAAAGCAAGAAGAGGACAUUAGUUAUUAUGCAGGCUUUGUAGGCUCGUCGUAUAUGCUUGGAAGGGCUCUCACCUCUGUAUUUUGGGGCAAAGUGGCAGAUCGAUAUGGUCGCAAACCUGUAAUCAUUAUAGGAACUUCAACAAUAGUUAUUUUCAACACUCUCUUUGGUCUUAGCAUAAACUAUUGGAUGGCUGUUAUUAUGAGGUUUCUUCUUGGAAGCUUAAAUGGUUUACUUGGACCAAUCAGAGCAUACACAUUUGAAAUUCUUCAGGAGGAACACCACGCACUAGGACAAUCAAUUGUUGCUGCGUCAUGGGGCACAGGGUUGAUACUUGGACCUGCUCUGGGAGGCUUUCUUGCGAAGCCUGCAGAUAAUUUUCCUCAUCUUUUUUCACCACGAUCUAUAUUUGCAAGAUUUCCAUAUUUCUUGCCAUGCCUUGCUCUAUCACUUUUUGCACUAGUUGUGGUAAUCGCUAGCCUUUGGCUUCCGGAAACAUUGCAUAACCAUGAUUUACGCAAGAUUCCAAGUGAUGACCCAAUCGUAGAUUUGGAGAUCAGUGCACUCGUUGAGUCUGAUGCCACAGUUUGUACACAUGAAAAGAAGAAAUCAAAAUCUAAAGAGAGCCUUUAUUCUAACUGGCCGCUGAUGUCAUCUAUAUUGGUGUACUGUGUUUUCUCAAUUCAUGAAAUGGCUUACUUGGAGAUAUUUCCAUUAUGGGCUGAGAGCCCUAGGAGACUAGGUGGCCUGAGUUAUUCAACCAUAAAUGUCGGUGAAGUUCUUGCAAUUUCAGGUCUUGGACUUCUGCUAUUUGAGCUUUACCUAUAUCCAAAAUUGGAGAAGAAAGUUGGCUGCAUCUUGAUAACUCGUAUAUCAGCGGUUGUCUCCAUCCCACUUUUGACAAGUUAUACUUAUAUAGCCAUGCUAUCUGGGAUCCUCCUCUCCAUAUCGAUAAACUGUGCUUCUUUAUUUAAAAAUGUUUUAAGUGAAUUCAUCGUAACCGGCUUGUUCAUAUUGCAAAAUAGGGCUGUGGACCAACACCAGAGAGGGACUGCUAAUGGCAUUGCGAUGGCUUUUAUGUCGCUGUCUAAGGCAAUCGGUCCAGCUAUUGGAGGAGCACUCCUUUCCUGGGCACAAGGCCGGCGGGAUGUUGCCUUUCUACCAGGUCCGCAGAUGGUCUGGUUCAUACUAAAUAUUGUCCAAGCAAUCGGAGUGACAAUGACUUUCAAACCUUUUCUGGUUGAACGCCCGCUAUGAAAAAUGCCUUGUCUGGAACCUGCAUUGGUUUAUUAUUUUCUUCUUUUCAAUAUAAUCUUAUGGCAUUCAAAAUAUUGUUGUAGUUAAUUAUGAAUUGGGUCUUCUGUUAUGAGAAAUGUGUCUCCAGGAGGCAGUUACAGACUGAUCUCACAGUACUUCUAAAACCAGUCAUGACUAGAGUGUUUAUCAUAAGAUACCUAUAUUCACUGA